AUAAGAGCGAUUGUUGUUGAUGACGUAUCGAAUUAAAAUAAUCUUAAAAUAUUUUGUGCCUCACAAUAAACAAAAAUACGCAUAAUGAUAAUAAAACCUACUAUAUUUGUGUAACCUACAGUUAUCUUUGUCAUUAACUUAACCAUUAGGUGUUUUCAGUGAUCUGUCGCAGAAAAUCUGUUACAACAAUGGAUCCAUUUAUUGUUGCUGCUAUUAUUAGUGCUAUAGUCAUAUUAGUGCUCUCUGUUGCAUUUUUAAAAGUAUGCCAAGUGAAACCACAAGCUGGAGCCAGACCAAGAGCAGCUGCAGUGCAGAGAGAUGGCGGCCCUGGCAGAGUGCAGGCAGUCAGAAACCAGCGGGCUAGGAUGAGAGCUAAUGCUGCUCGUCACCAAGUUGACCUGGCCGAUGAACCGGAAGCGGAGGAAGAAGCGGAUGACGGAAACAUGCCGGAGACUUCCGGCAAAGUUGAAUUUGAUGACAAAAUGGGUGCCAAGAAACGAGCUAAGAUGGAAGCUAAGUUAGAGAAGAAGAAGGCAAGAGAAGCUGAGGAGCAAAUGAGAGAGAUGAAAAAGAAAAGAGACGAAGAGAUGGAGGAAGAGAGACGGAAAGUAGAGGAGAAAAAGGAGGAAGAGGAACGCCAACGUGAGGAGGCUGAAAGGAAAGCAGAGGAGGAGCGUAAGAGGCGCGAGCAAGAGGAAUACGAGGCUAUGAAGGCCGCGUUCAGCGUCGACAGCGAGGGCUUCGAAGAAAAUGAGGAGCAGGACCGCGAGAGUCUGCUGCGAGACUUCAUCGAAUACAUCAAAGCACAAAAAGUCGUGCUGCUAGAAGAUUUGGCUGCACACUUCAAACUGAAGACACAAGCAGCCAUUGACAGAAUUGCAGACCUCCAAUCAUCUGGCGAUCUUACUGGUGUUAUCGACGACAGAGGGAAAUUCAUUUACAUAUCGCAAAAAGAAUUGGAAGACGUAGCGAAAUUCAUAAAACAGAGGGGGCGCGUAUCAAUAACAGAUUUAGCCGAGAGUAGCAAUGAAUUAAUUAAUCUAAACCCAGUUACAGUGUCAUAGAUUUUGCAAAGAAAAAUAUUUGUUAAUUUUAUGUGUUGAUACUUAAAAUUUUAGGAGAUUCAAUAUGUAAAAUAAAAUGAACACAUUGUUAUACAAAA